UACAGUAUUCAAUAAGUUACAUGAGAUAUUCAACACUUUAUGAUAAAAUAGUCUUUGUCUUAGGUGAUUUUAGCCGAUUUCUGUCGGCUACUGUAGGUGUGUUUGAUAACUGCUCCCACACUGUCAGUGACAAGGGCUGGGCCCUAGGGAUCCGCUCAGGGAAGGACAUGGGAAGGCGAGAUGCUUGCUUCUUCUUCUCCCUUCGCACCGACCGUGUGAAGAAAGCCACCAUUGUGACUGGCCACAGUCGCUACCAACCAGGCACAUGGACACACGUGGCAGCCACUUAUGAUGGACAGCGUAUGGCCCUGUAUGUGGAUGGCACUCGGGUGGCUAGUAGUCCAGAGCAGUCUGGUCCCCUGAACAGCCCCUUCAUGGCGUCUUGUCGCUCUUUGCUUUUGGGGGGGGAUAGCUCUGAGGAUGGCCACUAUUUUCGUGGACACCUGGGUACACUGGUCUUCUGGUCGACCGCCCUCCCACAAAGCCACCUCCAACACAGUCCUCAGCAUCCAACUGGAGUGGAGGAACUGAGCACCCUGAUCCUGACAGCCAGUUUUGAGCCCUUGGAAGAACAGUGGGCCCCCUUUAGGGAUGGGGAGUAUCCACGGCGUGAGGUUCUGCAGGGCUUUGAGCCUGAGCCUGAGAUUCUGUCACCUUUGCAGCCCCCACUCUGUGGGCGGACGGUUUGUGACAAUGUGGAGCUGAUCUCCCACUACAAUGGGCACCAGCCCCUCCAGGGAGAGAAGGUGAUCCGCUACCAAGUGGUGAACAUCUGUGAUGACGAGGGCCUGAACCCCAUCGUGAGCGAGGAGCAGAUCAGCCGGCAGCACAAGGCACUGAACCAUGCCUUCAGCCGCUACAACAUCAGUUGGCAGCUGAGUGUCCACCAGGUCCACAACUCCACCCUGCGCCACCGGGUUGUGCUUGUGAACUGUGAGCCCAGCAAGAUUGGCAAUGACCACUGUGACCCUGAGUGCGAACACCCACUGACGGGCUAUGACGGGGGUGACUGCCGCCUGCAUGGCAGGUGCUACUCCUGGAACCGCAGGGAUGGGCUCUGCCACGUGGAGUGCAACAACAUGCUGAAUGACUUUGACGAUGGGGACUGCUGUGACCCCGAGGUGACUGAUGUGCACAAGACCUGCUUCGACCCCGACUCACCCAAGAG